AUCAAAAAUGAUACCCAUGUCGCUAGUAAUAUCGAAUGUAAAUACAGUUUUCCGCCGAAAGAAUCCAAUACUGAUGGUUUCAAUGGUCCGCUGUCUAUCCUCCAAUCAACCCACAGACGAUGAUAUGCAUAUUUCGAAGCGAAAAUUAAAAAAAUUGUUCAAAGUAGCACAGCUUUCGAAGAAAUCUCGUUCUUACGAGAAUGAUAAAAUCGAUAAACUCAGUGCAAUGGCAGAGUUUGGCUUAAAAGAAUCCGACCUAGAAGACCUCCCAAGCCACUCCAAACCCGUGCUCAGCUUGACACAUCACGGAAAAAGCAAUCAUCAACUGUAUACACUUACAGAAGUUUAUCAUAAAGCUCUAAAAGUUCAUGGAAGUACAGAAGCACUUGAAGCUCAUCGCCGUCCGCUCGUUGCAAUGAGAAAAGAGUUGACUGACGCCGAACGGAUGCGGAUGCGGAUGAGAGUUGAGACGACUAAUCAGCAUAAGGGAGCCGAUCGUGUUGUCGCUAUCGCAUUCACACUUAAUCUUUGUGAUAUGGCUAUGAAGUUCACUGCAGCAUAUCUGACAGGAUCAAAGUCACUAUUCGCAGAAGCAAUUCAUAGUGCAAUGGAUACAUGUAAUCAAUUAAUUCUUCUACUCGGAAUACGAUAUUCGGCUAAAAAUCCCGAUUUACUGUUCCCUUAUGGAUAUGGAAACAUGCGAUACGUGACGUCAUUGAUUUCUGGAUGUGGAAUUAUGGCAUUUGGAUGUGGAUUAUCAAUGUAUCAUGGAAUAAGUGGACUUUUACAUCCAGAACCACUUGAACCAUUGACUUAUGCUUAUUAUGCACUUUUCAUGUCACUAUGCUUCCAAGGAACAUCUGCAAUUACAGCUUAUCGAGAAGUUUUCGCAAAAGCCAAAAAAGCCAAUAUCAGCAUUUGGAAUUAUGUACGAACAUCUGCUGAUCCAUCCCUAAAUGUUGUUCUACUUGAAGACACUGCCGCCGUUACAGGAGUCGGAAUUGCUCUUUGUGCCAUUUCACUUUCGUCAUUCCUUAACUCACCAAUUCCGGAUUGUUGUGGAUCUAUUGUCAUUGGAGCGCUGUUAGGAACGGUCGCCUCAUUCAUUAUUCGAACAAACGCAGCACAUCUUGUCGGUCGAAGUCUUCCACAGAGAAUAACUGAUGAUAUUGUGGCACGACUCAAUAAUGAUCCGAUGAUUAGAUCAGUUCACGACGUGAAAGCGACAUGUUUGGGCGUCGAACAGAGUAGAUUCAAAGCGGAACUCGAUUUUGAUGGAAGAAUGAUUACGAGAGCUUAUUUGCAAGAAGGUGUUCAUUUGCCAGCUCUUUUGAAUGAGGUUAAAAAAAUCGACACCGAAGAUCAGUUGGUAGUAUUCAUGGAAAAUCACGGCGAGAAGGUGAUCGAUCGGCUCGGCGAUGAAAUUGAUCGAAUCGAAGGAGAAAUCACGAAAAAGCAUCCGGAUAUUCGCCACGUCGAUCUAGAAGCCUUGUAGAUUAAAUUAAAUUUUUGUGCUCUUUUUGUGCUCUGACUUGGAGCACCGAAAUCUGAGAAAUUUGCUUGUUUAAAAAUCCAUUUUUUAAGCUAGAAAUGGCCCAAAAAUACCAAUUUUUUGUAUUGAAAAAGUCUUUUUUUCGCUAAAAAUCUCAAAUUUUGAUGAUUUUUGAGCCAUUUUUAGUCUAAACGAGCAAAUUUUCAGAUUUCACUGCACUUUUUCAUUUUCGCCGGUCUAUAGAUUUUUUUCGCGGUUUUUUUCUGUUCCCCCCGUUUAUUUGCAUUUUCCACAGAGAAACACUAGCCACUAGCCAGCACGAAUUUCAAUUUUAUUAUUUUAUUUUUUGUGUCAAUUGUACCCCCCGGCGUCCCAGCCUCCGAGUCAAUCGUAUGAACGUACUAAACCCCG